CCUCUCAAAAAGAAAGGCGCCAAACCCUGAGAAACUCUUCAUCAACCAUGCUCAUAGAGAAACUCUCUCCCAGAGUUUCCGGCAAGCAUCUUAGUUUUCCGGCUUUACUCCGAUUAUCCCUUGGUUACUCCGGCGUGCCACUCCAAUCUCCAUCCCCAAUUCCCGAAUCAAGGACGUCAGUCUCUUGUUUUACCAAGACUGGCCGCUACCUCAUGUUACUCAACUCUGAAAUCACUAAUUUUGGAAGGAAUGGAAACCUUGAUGAAGCUCGUAUGGUGUUUGAUCAAAUGCCCUUCAGGGAUGUUGUCUCUUGGACCGCCAUGCUCACUGCUUAUGCGGGAAAUGGCCAAGUGGUGAAAGCCAGGGAGGUGUUUGAUGAAAUGCCUACGAGAAACACUGCAUCAUGGAAUGCCAUGAUUUCUGCUUAUGUUCAUGAUUUGAAUCUUUCUGAGGCUUUUGAGUUGUUCAUGAGGAUGCCCAGGAAGAAUGUGAUCUCUUAUAGUGCAAUGAUUACGGGUUUUGCUAAAAGUAGGAUGCUUAGAGAGGCUGAGGACGUGUACAAGAGGAUGCCACCGUCGUGGCGGGAUCCGGUUGCUUCUAAUGCUUUGAUUUAUGGAUAUUUGAGGAAUGGUGAGGUUGAGGAGGCUGCUCGAGUUUUUAAUGCGAUGGUGAUGAAGGAUGUGAUCUCUUGGAGCUCGAUGGUAGAUGGGUAUUGUAAGAAUGGGAGGGUUUUUGAUGCAAGAGAGAUGUUUGAGGAGAUGCCAGUUAGGAAUGUAGUUUCUUGGACAGCGAUGAUUCAUGGGUAUGUUAAGGUUGGAAUGUGGGUAGAUGGACUUAUGAUGUUUUCAAGGAUGAGAAGAGAGGGAAUAAUGAUUAAUUCCACUACACUUGCUAUUGUUCUUGAUGCUUGUGCUGAAUUUGGUAGAAACUCAGAAGGGAUUCAAAUUCAUGGAUUGACUGUACGAAUGGGUUUUGGUUCUGAUAUCUUCCUAUGUAAUUCAAUCAUUGCGAUGUACUCUAGAGCUGGUUGGAUGCUGGCUGCCAGAACAGUAUUUGAUAACAUGCGAAAGAAAGAUGUUGUCUCCUGGAAUUCACUUAUCACUGGAUAUGUUCAGCAUGAUGAUAUUGAAGAGGCGAAUGCUCUCUUUGAGGAAAUGCCUGAGAAGGAUGCUGUUACUUGGACUUCCAUGGUUGUGGGCUUCUCAAAAAGAGGUUGGAUUAGGGAAUCUGUCCGUUUGUUUGAGGCAAUGCCUGAGAAAGAUGAUGUUGCUUGGACAGCUAUGAUUUCAUGCUUUGCAGCCAAUGGGGAAUAUGUUCGUGCUUUCCAAUUGUUUCAGUGUAUGCUCCAAGAAGGUCUUAGGCCUAAUCCUCUUGUUUUGAGUAGUGUGUUGAGCGCAUUGUCUGGUUUGGCUAUUUUGCAACAGGGUGUGCAGGUCCAUGCAUUCAUUGUGAAAAUGGAAUUAGAGUUUGACAGUUCCAUCCAAAGCUCAUUGGUUUCGAUGUAUGCAAAAUGUGGAAGUCUAAUUGAUGCCUUUCGAAUUUUUUCAAAUAUCAGUGAGCUAACCAUUAUUGCUGUUAAUUCAAUGAUAACAGGAUUUGCUCAACAUGGUUUGGCAAAAGAAGCAUUAAGAGUUUUUAAAGAGGCCGAAGCAAACGGCUGUAAGCCAAAUCAUGUUACAUUCCUCGGAAUCUUAUCUGCUUGUUCUUGUGCAGGAUUGGUGGAAGAAGGGUAUCAUUACUUUAAAUUGAUGGACUCUUGUUAUUGCAUUGAGCCAGGACCUGACCACUACACCUGCAUGGUCGAUCUCCUUGGUCGUGCAGGGAUGCUGAAAGAAGCCUUAGAUUUAAUCAAUUCGAUGCCAUUUGAUCCCAAUGCGGCAAUAUGGGGAGCUUUACUUAAUGCUGGGAAGGUGCACUCUGAUUUGAAUAUUGCAAAACUUGCUGCUCAACGGUUAUUUGAGUUGGACCCUGGUAAUGCUACGGCAUAUGCAGUUCUUUCCAAUAUGUAUUCUUUGGCUGGGAUGAAAGAUAAUGAGGAAGAAUUAAGGAUCACACAACGAACUAGAGGCUUGAGGAAGAACCCCGGUUACAGUUGGAUUGCUUUGGAUAAAUAGUGCUGAACUGAUGAUCAAUCUACACUUGAGAAUAAAGCACCAUGUACCUCACAGAGAAACUGAAAAUAUUAAAGGAAACUGUGAAGGAAAUACAAACUUUUGCUGCAAAGAAACAUUUGUACAAAGAUAAUGUUAUGGUUCUUUGAGGUUGUGAGCGAAGUAUCAAAUUGAGCAACUGUAUUUCAUCAAUUUGAUGCGCAAAAUUCCUUAGUAUGUUAGCUGUAUUUCACACGAGAGAACAGGGGACAGCUGCAAGAACGACUGAAAAGAGAGUGGCAUUUCCACUUCAGGUCAGCACUACAAUAUUUUCCAUUGAUGGUUUUGUUAAGUAGAAAGUAGAUGGUCUACUGUCAAUUGUGAGAACUUCUGAAGUAGACCAUACAUGAUCCUUUUGUGAUUAUUUCACAGCAAAAGCAUUCUCCACCUUCCAAGAUCAUCAUCAAUCUUGCUAACACUAUAACCAAUUUUG